UUGCAUUUCCAUGUUCUGUGUACUGUGGGAGACCAGAUAUAGUGAAUGCAGGGGUCCGGGGAGACCAGAUAUAGUGAAUGCAGGGAGACCAGAUAUAGUGAAUGCAGGGAGACCAGAUGUAGUGAAUGCAGGGUCCGGGGAGACCAGAUAUAGUGAAUGCAGGGUCCGGGAAGAGCGGAUAUAGUGAUUGCAGGGUCCAGGGAGAGUGGAUAUAGUGACUGCAGGGUCUGGGGAGACCAGAUAUAGUGAAUGCAGGGUCCGGGGAGACCAGAUAUAGUGAAUGCAGGGUCCGGGGAGACCAGAUAUAGUGAAUGCAGAGUCCAGGGAGAGCGGAUAUAGUGAAUGCAGGGAGACCAGAUAUAGUGAGUGGAGGGUCCGGGGAGA